CAAAUAUAUGAGAGAGGCAUAAUUGCGUGUUUGUGUGAAGGUGGAAGCUGACUUCAUUCAAAGGCAUGUUUGUUUGCAGAAUUUCCCAGAGAUUGAUCUGAUGUGAACGAUGGAGCCCUACUUUGGCAGUUUCAGGCAUGUGCAGCUGCAACGGGAUGGCGGGAUCCAGCCGAAGCUCACCAAUGACGAGGCCCACAAGGCCAAGAACGCGCUGAGCGCGAAGGCCGGGUCCUACGGAGUCAGCAUCCGAGUGCAAGGGAUUGAUGGCCACCCAUACAUUGUGCUCAACAAUACAGAGGGGGGCUUGUCUGAAAACCAGUUGGCACCAGAAAAUGGCCAGCAGGUUGCAUCUCAGCCGCUCCCUAGCUCAGUGCCAGACUCCAAUUCUGUUCCUGAAACCGAGAAGAAAACUGGUGAAGACAGACAGUGUUGGGGGACUUAUAAUGCCCCGCCGCGUAUCUUUAAAAGCCUGAAGCAGGCUGGUGCGGAGAAGGGAGAGGACUCGUCUCUCAAAGCUGGUCUCCUGCAGUCCUCCAGUCUGUUGAACUUCCAAAGGCAUCCGGAGCUUCUGCAACCCUAUGAUCCUGAAAAUAAUAUCCUGGACCUGGGAGGCCUUCAGCCCGCCCUGUACAGCGAGUCCAAAUCUCUUGCAGAUGAACAGAAACCAGACGUCAAACUGUGGAGCUCACCGUUGAAGGUUGUGUCGUUAGAUAGAACCACCCUCCAGUGUGCAGAACUCUCCAAAUCGAAACCCAAAACGGUGGAUUUGACCAAGCCUGCAAUGGGGGAAGAUCUAAGCAAGGAGGAAUUGCAGUGCACUGGUGUUGCUGACAGUCCUAAUGGAAUUCAUGAAUCCCUUGACUCGCUUUCUUCUAGUGGUGGGUCUCUGUGUGCCCUAAGCCCACCUGCCUACCAGGAAACACGGAAGUCUAGACCCGACCUUCUUCCCUUCCGCAGGCAAGAUUCAGCUGGAUCGAUCCUGAAUGGUUCGCGGCGGUCGUCGUCGUCGACUACUCCGACCUCUGCAGCUUCCUUGUACAAGUUCUUCCUAGAUGACCAAGAAUAUGCCAUCUAUGCCGAUAAUGUGAACCGGCAUGAAAACCGAAGGUAUAUCCCAUUUCUGCCUGGGACUGGUCGUGAUAUCGACACGGGUUCCAUUCCUACAGUCGACCAGCUGAUAGAAAAGUUUGACAGGAAGGUCGGACCCCAAAGGAGAGGCCGAAUGGGACUCAGGAACAGGAUCCACCCAGAUGAUCGAAAGCGGUCGAGGAGUGUAGAUAGCGCCUUACCCAACAGCCUCAAAGUGAAUUCCGAUGGUUUAGAUGAACUUAGUAAAGGUUUGGGAAUGUCGUCUGAACGUCUACUGCCGCCUUAUAACGUUUGCCUUCGGAAGUCGUUCUCUCCAGACCAAAAGUCUGGUGAACAAGUGGCCCCUCGGACUGUGGGCAAAGUCCCGGCAGCGGCAGCGAGAGAUUCUCCCAGCAGCCAUUUUAAUUCUUUGCAACAUCAUAAACAAGGCAAAACCGCCGGUGAAAGUUUUGCUAAUAAGUCGUCCACGCUUCCGAUCCAAAACCACAGAAGUGAAAAUAAAGUGGUGACUUCCACUCUCUUGUUCCCCAACCGCAUUGCAUCUCAGAAAAUGUCUGUGAAACCCUUUGCUUCUGCUUCAAACGUUCAGGCUACUCCUGACCUGUUGAAGGGCCAACAGGAACUCGCACAGCAAACCAAUGAGGAAACAGCUAAGCAGAUUCUCUACAACUAUCUCAAGGAAGGAAGCAGCGAAAACGAUGAUGCAACAAAGAGGAAGGUCAACUUGGUAUUUGAGAAAAUCCAGACUCUGAAGUCCAGGGCAGCUGGGAGCACACAGGCUUCUGACACUUCAGCGGAAAUCAAAGCGUUGGUGGAACAGAAGAAGGAGCUGGAGAAGGAAGUUUCUGAGCUACAGAUGAAACUGGACAUGGAAGUCAGGAAUCGGCAAAACAUCCGAGACGAAUGCGAUGCGACCAGAGCAGAGCUGCAGGAACUUCAGCAGCGGCUUGAGGCAAGUGUGGAGGAAAAAGACACCUUCAGAAGGCGACUGGAGGAGAGCGAGAAGGACCUGCGGCAUAACCUGGAGGAGCUUUUCCAAGUGAAAAUGGAGAGGGAGCAUCACCAGACAGAAAUCCGGGACUUGCAGGACCAGCUUUCUGAGAUGCACGAUGAACUGGACGGCGCGAAGCACGCAGAGGACAGCGAGAGAGAACUGCUCAUUGAGGAGCUGAUGCAGCUGAAGGAAGACCUGCAGGCCAUCCUGAUGUUCAAAGAGCAGCAGGAAGAGGUCCUGAGGAAACGGGAGCGAGAGCUGACCGCCUUGAAGGGGGCCCUGAAGGAAGAAGUGUCCAGCCACGACCAAGAGUUGGACCGGCUCAAAGAACAGCACGACCAGGAGCUCCGGACUCUGAGAGACGCUUUGGAGGAAGCCACAGAGAAAGCGGAUGCCCUGUCCCACGCCAGGGCUGCGGCCGAAGAGAUGCAAAGCAGUGCAGAGGACCGGGUGAGGGAGAUGGCGGAGCAGAGCCAGCGACUGAAGAAAGCCCUUGGGGAGCUGGAGGGCCAAAGGAAAGACCUCCAAGAGGAGCUCGAGCGCUUGAGAGGAGACAGGGACAACAAGGAGGAAAGAAUGAAGAGUUACCAGAAAGAGAAGCAGCGUUUGGAAGAGGCACUGGGGCGUGCAGAAGAAGACGCCCAGCAGCUGCUGUCGGCCAAAUCCUCUUUGGAAGCCCAGCUGGAGGAUGCCCAGAGAAACGUCCGUCGGCUGAGCCAGGAGCAGCAACAGUUAACGGAGCGGCUGAAAGAUGAAGCUCAGCAGAAGGAUCAGUUAAAGAGGAUGAAGAGUGAGCUGGAGAAUGAGCGGUGGCAACUGGACAAGACCAUUGAGAAGUUACACAAGGAGAUGGCGGAAAUUGUAGAGGUUUCGCGGACGUCAACUUUGGAGCUCCAGAACCAGCUUGAUGAAUACAAGGAGAAGAAUCGCCGGGAGCUUGUUGAGAUGCAGAGGCAGCUGAAGGACAAAAACGUGGAGUUAGAGAAGGCACACCUGAUGGCCCUCAAGAUGCAGGAGGAGGUGCGUUUUAUGGAGGAAGAAUUACGGGAUCACCAAAGAGCCCAAGACGAAGCUAUUACAAGAACACAACUUUUGGAACAGACCGUGAAAGCCCUAGAAUAUGAACUGGAAGCCAAAAACCACUUAAAAGAAGAUCGAGCAAGACAAGCCAAGAUAAUGGAGGACAAGAUGUCCCAGCUGGAGGUGGAGCUCGAAGAGGAACGGAACAAUUCGGAUAUCUUGUCGGAAAGGAUCAGCCGGUGCAGAGAGCAGAUUGAGCAAAUGAGGAGUGAAUUACUUCAGGAAAGGGCUGCGAGACAGGAUCUGGAGUGCGACAAGAUUUCGCUGGAAAGACAGAACAAAGACUUGAAAAGUCGUAUCCUUCACCUCGAAGGCUCGUAUAGGUCCAGCAAAGACGGGCUUCUUGUUCAGAUGGAAGCCAGGAUCAUGGAACUGGAGGAGCGGCUGGAGAAUGAAGAGAGGGAUCGGGCGAACCUCCAGCUGAGUAACCGCCGGCUUGAAAGGAAAGUGAAAGAGCUCAUGAUGCAGGUGGAUGAUGAACAUCUGUCUCUGACGGACCAAAAGGACCAGCUGAGCUUGCGUUUGAAAGCCAUGAAACGCCAGGUGGAGGAAGCCGAAGAGGAAAUAGACAGGCUCGAGAGUGCCAAGAAGAAGCUUCAGAGGGAUUUGGAAGAGCAAGUUGACUUGAACGACCAACUGCAGGGGCAGCUGAAUGCAAUCAAACAGGAGCUCAGCAGGCGCAAAAAGGCCUCGAGUAAGAUGCUGAGUGACCUCGAUGACGAUGACGACGAUUUCAGCACUGACGGGGAGAGUCUUUAUGAAGCACCUUCGGGGUUUAAAUUCUUAAAAGAUGAUGACAUCAAAAGCUGAAACGGAAGCCAGUUAUGGAUGUUCAACCUUGAUGGUUGAAAAACAAGGAACUACAGAACCCAGAGUGGCUACAGGAAUAUUAGUGCCGGGUGAAUUUUAUAUACCCCUCCAGAAUGUGCCAUUUUCAGACUUAGAUAUUUCAAAAA